UCUAUGACGCAAUGCAAAUGGACAAUUCGGGCGUCGCAGCCAAGCUUGGUGUGCGGAGUGCUGGAACAAAGGGAAAAAAAAUAAGUAAUGAAUCAACCGCCUCGUUCAAUGCUCGUGUCUAUUGUUUGAGACUUUUUGGGUGUUUAUCGUAGGAUCCAAUUCCUGUCAGGAUUUUUUCUUUCUCUUUUAUUUUUCGCAUGUUGUUUCCUUCUUGGAGAGAGUGUAAUUAGUGGUCUUGAUCAGUUGGUUUCUCAUUCCACAUCAGGAAAUCUCACGACAGCACCCCUGUAUACAGCUUGUUGUCUGAAUUGGGAAACACGCGAGGUCGAGAUUCCCAGUCCUGACAUUAUGAAUGUCAACAACGUCAGUCACGGCCAUAAUGACCAGGCCAACGGCGACACCGAUGUCAGCCACCGGGACCAGCGCGCGCCUGACGAGUACACACGGCUCCUGCCAAAUCGACUCGACAGCGAUGCGACGCCGCGGUACCUGAGUCCCGACGACCCAGCCGUCACCCCCUACAACCUGUGGAGCGUGCGACUGAUGCGCUGGGUCACGGUCAUAUUCACCAUGUUGAGUUUCAUGUGGUGGGUAUUACAGCUCGUCUCAAUCUUCGUGACGCCGCCCGGCUUGCAGACCCGCGGCUCUGUCUUCUUUGCGUUUGGCUACGCGACCAUGUCGCUGGGCCUGCUGGCGGUGACGCUGCUGUUCUUUGCCGUGCCCAGCAAGUCCGUGAGGAUCUUGUCUGGGGUGCUGGCCGGGUUGUUGUUGGCAGAUACCAUCAUCAUACUUGCCGUGCGCCAACUCAGGCAUGAGGAAGCUUUUGUAGGCUCCACUAGUGUCAUAUGGGCCUUUCUCAUGGCGACGUGGACUCUUGCCGCAGACCACACCGUCCAAUGGGGUAAGAGGGAGGAAGAAGAGCGUCUGACUGGAAGGCCAGAGACCCGCAGGACAUUGCUCGAGUGGACCGAGGUGGGAAUCGCCAGCAUUGUCAUCUUCGUCUUGUGCAUCACCGCCGGCUUGAUGACAUGUACCUUGACCAUCAGGGCAAUCGACUCUUCGCUCGAGGCACCAGGUGUGAAAUAUUGGGUUGACGGGGACAAGUACCAAAUCCACGUAUAUUGCAGUGGAAACAAGACGGACGACAAAAUUCCCACCGUCCUCAUCGAGGGCGGCGGGAAACCCGUCGAAGAUGGUCUGUGGGAAUUUUUCGAGAAUGCAAAGGAAAACGGCACCAUCAACAGGUAUUGCUUCGCUGAUAGGCCCGGAUAUGCAUGGAGCGACACAGCUCCGUCACCCUUGUCUGCUGGUAUGGCUACUGAAGCCUUGAGCGAGGCGCUUGCCAGAGCUGGGGAGCGUGGUCCUUGGGUCCUGGUCGGAGCUGGAACUGGCACCCUGUACUCGCGCAUCUUCUCAUCGAGGCACGGAAGAGAAGUGAAAGGAAUGAUGAUGAUCGACCCGGCGCACGAAGACCUCCUUCACCGUACAGCAGAUCCCGGCCGAGGUUUCGCCUUGUGGGCGUGGGGCGUUCUGGCACCACUCGGCAUCGACCGAAUCCCAGGCGCAAUUCUCCGGGGCCGUAGCCGAUCGGAUCGAGUAUGGGGACGGGCCGUGUACCAAACCGAGAAGUACCUGUUUGCCAAGCUCCAGGAGAACCUAGUCGCCAACUCGCUCACCAAGCGGGAUGUGGUGUCUAGCCGUGCCAUACAGUACAAGAAUACUCCCCUGGUAAUUGUUAGCUCUGGGGUAAAGAUAAGAAAGGACAGUGAGUGGGAGGGCAAGCAGAGAGACCUGUGCAGCUUGACAAGGAAUCUGCUCAGCUGGGACAUUGCCGAAAAGUCCCCCCACGAGGUUUGGACGACCCCAGAGGGCAGGGCCCUGAUAGAAAAACGGCUUAGGUUGUUGGUGCGGGUAUGAGGCUUGAGCUAGAAGCACCCGGUCGACGGUAGGUCGUUUUCCUGGGGAUUGAACCAGACAAAGCCAAUGGCAUCGGGUUUUGAUGAAUGACCGUUAUCGUUUGCACGCCGUUUCUUGUUCGGAUGGCACGUGCCGAUUGGAUCUUUUCUUUUUUUAUCGUUCUAUUUCCUUUGGCUGCAUCCUUUGGAGAAAUUGCAUAUGAAGCAUUUGAUUACGUUUGUUAAUUUUAGUUUUGACAUGCUGGCAUCUAGAUGCUUUUCUUACCUGCCUUACCUUGCUUCUUUUCUUUGCCUGAAUAAACUCUACUAGUAAUGAAGGUGUGGUACACAGAACGAUUAGCCACACUAAUAAAAACUCUUCCA